AUGGCCAGACUCUGGUUCGCUUUCGCUGCAGUAUUGCUUCUGCUUCUUCCGGCCUCGCCCGUCGCGUCGGACCCUCUGCUUACGUCGGGUGCCGGUCAGAGGGGAACCAUCCCCUGCUGGGACUUCAAGUCCUCAGCCUCCGUCGAGGAACAUCUUGCCGUCGUCUCCGCGGUUGGGUAUGAGACGGCAUCGUGGCACCACGUCGAGACGUCCAGAUGCACCUUCAUGGGCUGCCUCCUGCACGCGGGAAAGUAUCGAGAUUCGGCACUCUGGUACUCGACACGACUGCAAAGGUUCGACUGGGGUCAGUUUCUGGUCCCCUGGCUCUACCGUCACGAGUUCUCCCUCGCGCCCGCCGAUGGCCAGCACUUCCUCCUCGAGACGCACGGCAUCACCGCGAGCGCUGAUCUCCAUCUCAACGGCAAGGCGCUCGCCGACAAGGAAUUCCAGGCCGGCUCCUUUGGCGGGCACACGUACGACGUCACCAGUCUCGUGGCGGAGAAGAAUGCCCUCGUCGCCAAGGUCUACCCUGCCAACUUGGAUCAUGACCUCGUUCAGGGUUUCGUCGACUGGAACCCGCGCGCGCCGGACAAUGGAUCGGGCAUCUGGCGAGACGUCGUCAUCAAGCAGACGGGGUCCGUGUCCAUGGGCCCCCUGAGCGUAUCCAUCCACCUGGACGCGUCCGCCGAGAGCAAGGUGACGAGGGCGGCAUUCGUCACCGUGCGAGCGGACGCUCACAACCUAGACCAUGGUGAGCUGAGCUUGGUGGCCGAGUCGGUUGUCUCCUGCCCGUCCGGCUUCGACGACGACGACAUGGUCGAGCGGCGAGACGUGACGCUCGGCCCGGGGGAGACCAAGAUGGUCGAGAUGGUCCACGUCAUCGCCUCGCCAAAGAUCUGGUGGCCCAAGAGAUGGGGCGAGCAGCCUCUGUACAGCACGACGCUGACCUUUACCGUCAACUCGUCGCUCUCCGACCGCGCGAGGCAGCGUUUCGGCAUCCGGACGGUCCGAUCGCACCUGAACAGGCACGGCGACGUCGUCUUCACCGUCAACGGGCACGCCUUUCAGGUCCUCGGCGCCGGGUACAGCCCCGACCACUUCCUGCGCUGGAGCAGAGAGCGCUUCGAGGCGAUUGCAAACUACACCAUCGACAUGGGCCUCAACACGAUCCGGCUGGAGGGUACGCUCGAGCAUCCGGAGCUCUACGACGUGGCCGACGAGAUGGGCAUCAUGAUCAUCGCCGGAUGGGUCUGCUGCUCCAAGUGGGAGUCCUGGCCGUACAACGAUGCGCUGCGGGUCAGCCCCGUCCCGCUGUGGACCGAGAGCGACUACAGGACGGCGAACGCGAGCAUGAGGCACGAGGCCGCCAUGCUCCAACCGCACCCGAGCGUGCUCGCGUUCCUCGUCGGCAGCGACUACUGGCCCGACGACGGCGCGACCGAAAUGUACGUCGACGGCCUCGUGGGUGCCCACUGGCAGACGCCCAUUAUCUCUUCGGCCUCCAAAAGGGGUCACCCCGAUCUCCUCGGACCGUCGGGCAUGAAGAUGGACGGACCGUACGACUGGGUUCCGCCCAACUACUGGUACGACACGGAGCCGAGCGAGGACCGGCGCGGUGCCGCCUUUGGUUUCGGCUCCGAACUGGGCGCCGGCGCCGGCGUGCCGGAGCUCAAGAGUCUCGAGAGGUUCCUCUCCCGGAGCGACAGGGACGACAUCUGGCUGCGGCCCCGAAAGGAGCUCUUCCACCUGUCGACCAACACCUCGGCCUUUUCCAACCACGCCAUCUACGGCGAGGCCCUCGCGGCCCGGUACGGCGCGCCAAGGUCGGUCAAGGACUACGUCAUGAAGGCGCAGAUGAUGGAUUACGAAGCCACGCGGGCACAGCAAGAGGCGUACUCGGCCAUCCUGCACUGGAACCUCUUUGACCGUUACAUGCAUCCGGCGGGGGCCUACUUUGGCGCCAAGGUCGGGUCGCGGAUCGAGCACGUCGCCUACGACUACGUGAGGCGGACGCUCUGGCUCGUCAACCACUCUCUCGACAGACAGGGCCCGAGGACCGUCGGCCUCGAGAUGCUCGACCUCGACGGCACCGUGCUGCACCGACAGACGAUGCGGGUCACGACCAAGCCCAACGCGGGCGCCGAGAUUGGCGAGGUCUCUGGGCUCGAGAAAAUCAAGACGGUCGUCUUCCUGCGCAUCCUCCUAGUCGACGACGCGAGCGACGAGACGCUCAGCCGCAACGUCUACUGGGUCGCCAACACCACCGACAGGCUCGACUGGGCAAACUCGACCUGGUACCACACCCCGGUCACGUACUUUGCCGACUUGUCGGCCCUCUGCGACAUCAAGCCUGUCAGGGUGAGGGUGAGGAGGGGAGUCGACUUUGCCGGCCAGCUCGAGGAGGGUCUUUACCAACUCGAGGUCGAGAAUACCGACGGCCGCUUGCCUGCGUUUUUCGUCCGCUUGACCGUCGUCGACGAAACGGACGAGGAGAUCAACCCGGUGUUGUGGUCCGACAACUACGUGACGCUAUGGCCCGGAGAGAAGAUGCAGAUUCACGUCCAGUUCGAGACGAGCACAAAGGCCGAGGUCAAAGUGGACGGGAGCAAUGUCCGCCCAAGCAAGCUGGCGUUGUGGUGA